GAACGAUUCUACUUGGUUCUCAGCAUCAUGUCUUCGUCUACAGACGAGAAGCAAGUAGCUUCUCUCGAUAAUUCCCACGCUGUCGAAUCUUCGGAGGCUCCAACGGUUGACGCUGAUGGAUACGGCUCGUCCGAGAACCACAUAUUCAAGGACCCUACGAUAGCUAGUUACUGGCGUAACGUAUACAAGAAUGCAGGGUAUGAGAAUCGCCACCGAUUUGACCCUAAUCUAAGCUGGACCGCAGACGAAGAGAAGAGAGUGCGUAGGAAGAUUGAUCUAAGAAUCAUGACCUGGGCCUGGCUCAUGUUCUGCGCCCUGGAUAUCCAUCGGAGAAAUAUCAAUCGGGCUAUCUCUGAUAAUAUGCUGCCAGAAAUUGGCAUGAACACCAAUGACUUCAAUUAUGGGCAAACAAUAUUCCUCGCCUGUUUCUUGGCAGCCGAGCUUCCUAGUGGUCUGAUUAGCAAAAAGCUCGGUGCCGAUCGUUGGAUACCUACUAUCAUGGUGUGCUGGUCUAUUGUUGCCGGGUCACAAGCUUUCCUCAAGAACCGUGCUGGCUUCUAUGCCAUCAAAGCCCUCUUAGGACUGCUCAUGGGAGGUUUCAUCCCUGACAUCGUCCUUUGGUUGACAUAUUUUUAUAAAGGAAAUGAAUUGCCUAUCAGACUAUCGUGGUUUUGGACAGCCUUGAGCACAGUCAAUAUCGUUGGCUCUUUGCUUGCCGCAGGUAUCCUCCAGAUGCGUGGUAUUGGUGGUUGGUCCGGUUGGCAGUGGCUCUUCAUCAUUGAGGGAAUCAUAACCCUUAUCAUAGGUAUUUUCUCAUGGGCGUUGAUGCCUCCAGGGCCUUGCCAGACACGUAAUUGGUUUCGUGGUAAAGACGGUUGGUUUACGGAACACGAAGAAGCCAUCAUGGUCAAUCGCCUGCUAAGAGAUGAUCCAAGCAAGGGUGACAUGAACAACCGCGAGGCGGUUGGACUUACUCAGCUUUUCGCAGCAGUAAACGAUUGGGAAAUGUGGCCAUUAUACCUCAUCGGACUGCUGGCCUAUAUUCCACCAUCUCCGCCGAACACUUACUUGUCUUACAUUCUGAGGCAACUUGGAUUUUCUACCUUCCAAGCCAACCUCCUCGCUAUCCCAUCUCAAUUCCUGUUCGCCAUCAAUCUGCUCGUGGUCACUUGGAUCUCCAAGAGAGCCAACGAGCGCGCUAUUAUCUCUUCCAUUUCCAACAUAUGGAUGUUUCCAUGGCUUAUCGCUCUUGUUACUUUGCCUGCCUCAUCAAGCCCAUGGGUCCGUUAUGCUCUUCUCACCGGCCUCCUGUCGUAUCCUUAUUGCCAUGCCAUUUUGGUCGGUUGGAACGCCAAGAACAGCAAUGCAGUUCGCACACGCGCUGUUUCAGCCGCACUCUACAACAUGUUUGUGCAGAGCGGAAACAUGAUCGCUAGCAAUAUCUACCGAGACGACGACCAACCGCUCUAUUCUAGAGGAAACAAGAUCCUCGUCUCUAUCACAGCUUUCAAUAUCCUGCUGUUCUACGCCGUCAAGGCUUUCUACAUCUGGAGAAACAAGGUUCGCGAUAGACAGUGGAAUUCGAUGUCCCCCGAAGAGCAACACGACUAUGUGUUGAGUACCAAGGAUGAGGGACUAAAACGACUAGACUUUCGCUUUGCUCACUAAGCUGCUGCGCAUGGCGCAAGGACCGAGUACAUUGACACGAGUGCAUUUCAGUACGUGGCAGAGAGUCCCAAUGUGAUGAGUUUAAUCU